AUGCUGACAUCCUUCAAACUUACGCUUCUACUUGUUCUCUUGACGACUCUUCUAAUAUACUCGCUCAGAAACAUAGCUCACGAGUAUGCAACUGAAGAGCUAUCCAAACCAAUGUCAGCAGAGAAGCCGAGACUGCUCAUUAACGAGAGUAGUGAGUUUCUGGAUGAGCUAAAGGUUGGCCUUUUGUAUGCUGCGGCAGCAUAUUGUCACAAGCCACAUUUGAAGGAGUGGAAUUGUAAAAAAAGAUGUGUUGGAGAUGUGGUCGUUGAUACGAUAUUUCAUGAUAGAGUUAAAGGGGCAUAUGGGUACGUGGGCAUUAGGCAGGAAGCUAAGGAGAUCAUAGUGGCUUUCAGAGGGAGUCUAGAUCUGAUGAAUUGGGUGUAUAAUUUGCAAUUUGCUACUCUGGAUUAUGAGUAUCCUGGUGCAGAUGGUGCUCUCGUCCAUAGCGGAUUUUACGAAACAUACAAAGGAGUAUCUGAUAUGCUUCUUUGGAAAAUUAAUUAUCUCAUGGCAAGGGAAGACUCAAAGUAUGCAGGAUAUAACUUGAUAAUUUCUGGACACUCAUUGGGUGGUGCAUUGGCCACGUUGUUGGCAGUCGACGUGAAGAGGAAUAUUUUAAAUCCAAUAAUAAAUAGUGAAAUACGUGGACAACCUUUCAGAAUUAAAGUGAUAACGUUUGGACAGCCACGCGUCGGCAAUGAUAUCUUUGCUUAUAUUUUAAAGCAAGAAUUUUUUGUGAAGACUGGCGGACUUAAUCACACCGUAGCAAGGAUGGUGCAUCAAAACGAUCUAGUUGCUCAUCUACCACCAGCUGACGUUGGAUUCAUGCACAACAGUCACGAGAUAUGGGUGAGAAACAAGAAGGAGGUUUAUGAUUGUGAAGAUUUCGAAGGCAAAGAAGUCGAUUGUGCUGACUGGACAUUAUUUUACGAUAUGACUGUACAUUUAUAUAUCUGGGAUAUUCACUUUGGGCCAUAUUGUUAA